AGAUUUGCUGCUUGUUGUUUGACUAAAAAUUCCUCUGCUGUUACUUCAGAUUGCUUCCAAGUCUAAAAUUACAAUGGUUCAGUAUCAAUAGAAUGAGGGAAAGCUGUUCCAAGAGCUAAAAGAAGCACAGAUAGUAAAAAACAAUUGUGAAGUUGUCUCUUUGGAAACAGGCAGUCCUGUGAAUCAGAGACCUACUGAACUAUGAAACUAAUGCCAUGGAUUACAUCUUUGUUCUUCAUACAUAUUAUGAAUGCAAAUAAAACUGCUAACUCAAAGCCUAACUUUGUCCUGAUAAUGGUUGAUGAUCUUGGAAUUGGAGAUGUUGGAUGUUAUGGAAACAAAACACUAAGAACACCAAAUAUUGAUCGAUUGGCCAGCGAAGGUGUGAAACUUACCCAGCACAUAGCAGCAUCUCCUCUCUGUACUCCGAGUCGAGCAGCAUUCAUGACAGGCAGAUAUCCUAUUAGAUCAGGGCUGGCAUCUGAUUCUAGAUUUGGAGUAUUCAUUUUUUCUGCAUCAUCCGGUGGGCUUUCCAGUGAUGAACUAACAUUUGCUAAAAUUUUGAAGAAUGAAGGAUAUUCUACUGCACUUAUAGGUAAAUGGCAUCUUGGACUGAACUGCAAAGAAAGUGGAGAUUUUUGUCACCAUCCUUUAAAUCAUGGGUUUGAAUAUUUUUAUGGUAUUACAAUGACAAAUUUAAGAGAUUGCAUCCCAGGACAUGGAAGUGUAUUCGUUACUGGAGCAACAAAAUAUAUAAGGGCAUUGUUUCUUACUGGAGUUGUGACUCUUGUAACCUGUAUUCUUCUGUACCACGCUGGACUUCUACAUAUACGACGUGAGAUGCUGUGCUAUUUUAUUUUAACGAAUAUGCUUAUAUUUAGUGCCAUGGCUUUCUUUCUAUGGAAUUUCAAAUAUUUCAACUGUUUUUUGAUGCGGAACCAUAAGAUCAUACAGCAACCACUAUCCUUUGAAAAUUUGACACAAAGAAUGACAAAAGAGGCUGUGAAUUACAUAACAAGAAACAAGGAGACACCUUUCCUUCUGUUUGUAUCCUAUAUUCAAGUACAUACAGCUCUAUAUGCUUCACAUACAUUUCGAGGACAGAGCCAGCAUGGCCUUUAUGGUGAUGCUCUUGAAGAAGUAGAUUGGAGUAUAGGCAAGAUUUUGGAUGAGUUAGAGGAAAAUCACCUUCAGGAUAAGACACUUGUCUAUUUUACCUCUGAUAAUGGUGCACACGUGGAGGAAAUAUCUUCCUCUGGUGAAGUUCAAGGAGGAAGUAAUGGUAUAUAUAAAGGUGGAAAAUCUACAUCAUGGGAAGGUGGUAUUCGUGUGCCAGGUCUUCUGCGUUGGCCAAGAGUAAUAAAUGCUGGUAUUGUUAUUGAUGAACUGACAAGUCACAUGGAUAUUUUCCCCACAAUCAUUAAACUUGCAGGCUCAUCUCUUCUUCAUAGCAGAAUUAUUGAUGGAUAUGAUCUGAUGCCCUUGAUUCAAGGAAGAAGUGUCACAUCUGAACAUGAAUUUCUUUUCCAUUACUGUAAUGCAUAUUUAAAUGCUGUACGAUGGAAUCAGAGAAACAGUAACUCAGUUUGGAAAGUUCUUUUUUUUACUCCAAACUUUAAUCCGGAAGGCUCAAGUGGUUGCUAUGAUACACAUGUCUGCUUUUGUUUUGGAGAUUUUGUUACCUACCACAACCCACCAUUACUAUUUGACCUAUCUAAAGAUCCAAAAGAAGAGAGACCUCUUACACCACAGACAGAACCUAAUUUUGAUCAAAUUCUUCAAAUUGUUCAGCAAGCAACAGAAAAGCAUAAAAAAACUCUUCAAGCAGUUCAUAAUCAGUUAACGUGGAACAAUGUCAUAUGGAAACCUUGGCUUCAGGCAUGCUGUUCAUCUUGGCUUGACUUUUGUUACUGUGACAACGAUAAAGAAUUGGGGAUGGACUGAACGAGAAAAAAAUGUGAAUCAUAUCUUAAAUAUUGAGUUUUGUGUCCCCUGAGAAUAUGAACUCAAGCAUUAUUUUUGAUAAGACUGGAUCAUAUGAAUUAUAGGUGGCAGUUUGAUUUCUAAGAUGUACCUGGGGCUGUGCUUUUCUCAUUUUGUUUCAUUUUCUAUUCUUAGUAAACCUUGGAAAAUACAUCAGUUUUGCAGGAUUUCAUGCUCCUGUUAUGUAUUUAUCCUGCAGCUUGUUCACUUGUAUUUUGUAACCAUUUCUCUGUCUGGGAAAUUAUUCAUUUUGGCACAUCACAAGCUAUGAAACACAUCAGCAUUCUUCAUGUGUAAGGUGAUGUUUGGUAAAAAGAUAUGACUUUAUGUUGCACUAAAUAGCAUUUUUUAUAUGUUUGCUUUUCAAAUAUAUAGUCAGUUUAAAUAUGGAAGUCAUUGAACAGUUCAUUUUAAAUUAACUUUGUUAUCGAAUCACUCAGACUCUAGAAAACUACAUAGAUACAUUUUAUUAAAGGAAUUUUCAUAUUAAUAGUGAUACAUUGUGGUAAAAGGAUGGAUAUAUAAAUUUAAAAGAGGUAGCUUGGGGAGAAUGAAAAAAAAUAAUAGUAAAGAAUAAUUAAGGAAGGCAAAAAAAAAGGGAAAAAAACAGGCAAGUGAAUGGAACUCUUAUUUCAAUAGACUAGGGCUCCAUGUACUAAGCUGUCUGCGAGGUGUUCGUGAGUUUUUCCGUUGAAAUUUCUGCGUGUGUAUAAAACAUCGUAUUUACUAUGCCUUGAAUUCAUUGAAAAACGGACAAGCAAACUUGUCUGCAACUCUGAUAUUCUAGUCUUUUUUUGUAGUUUAAAAAUCCUCACUCAACAUAAAUCUCACAAUAAACAGUAAUUACUAAACAAUCUAUUUCUAUGCAUGCUACUUUUUUACGCACCUAGCUCGUUUAAAAGGGAGGAGCCUGCUGCAUGCAAGAGGAUGGCAGCAGAGAGGUGAAGCUCCUAAAAUUCUCCCUGUCGGAAUGCUAAUUUAAAAUGUCCAGUUAAUUUAUAAGGAGCCGAAAUCUGUAGAUACAACAAAAGUGUCACGCUGGAUAGCUGCGGUAAAAAGAAACCUGGCUCUUAACACAAACAAACACACCUGUAAUGAAACCAGCGGGGAGUGUGAUGUGAGCAGACUCAGGUGGAGGUAGAGACAAGCGGCGUCGGCAGAGAGAGGGCUACGAUCUGAACGCUGCUCCAGUAAAGCCCGGACACAAUGGAAGUAAUGGGAAUACCUUAAGAUCUGCCACCGCUGGUGAGAGAAAAGAGGUGAGCCGAGACGGCUCAGGAGAAGCGUCGUGGGUGUGCAGUGGAAAGGAAGUCACCCUAUGAGGAGGCGGAGGUUAUGGUGUCGGACCUGGAGAGAGAGUGACCUGCAGAGACGCCCAGGAGCGGGAGACCUGUGAGCUGUUUGAAGCGGAGCUCGAGGCAUAAGUAAACUGGAGGGGACUCCCCCCAGAGAAGGAAAACAGAGCCAGCUCAGUUGAACUGGAGCUAUCAGAUGUGCCACAGGACCGGCCACUACAGGGAGAGCCGUAAGGAGCCAGCUCAGGUAAACACUGGCGAUAGUACAGCCCCAUAGGUGACUUUCUUUGGGCAAGACUGCGUAGCUGGUGCGGGAGCUGAAGCGGGGGUAACCCAUAAAGGAAGUGAGGGGAAUAACCCUUAAAGAAUGCUCCAAGCGAGCAAGUUACCCUGGAAAGCUACUGGGAGUACAGACCAUAAGGGCUGAAAGCUGUAACCCAUGCAGCCCUUAUUCGCCAGCUUAAUGUAAAUGUAGCGCUGAUCCGGCGCUUUGAAUAAGGGGGUAUAGAUACAAUAACAGAAGACCUACAGCAAAGUUGUUAAAGAAGAGAUUCCUGCUCCUCUUCUAACUCACAGGGAAAAUAAGGAAGAGUUAGGAGUUGUUAUAAAAGGAAAAGAAAUCAUAAGAAAAGGAGAAAAAGGAAGGAAAGGGGAGCGUAAAGGGAAGAAAGGGGGAAAAAAGGGGAAAAGGGGGGAAAAAAAAAAGACCUAAAAUCAGUAACUGCUAACACCUAAGAGGGUUUAUAUUAUUACCAUCAUUUAAAAGAAGCAAAGAUAGAGCUAAAGAGAAAAUUAUAAGAGGAAUGGCAGCAAAAAAAGCGGCUAAGCUAGACAAAGCAAAUAAAAAUAACAAAUCCCCAAGCAUGAAAGAUAACCCCUUCUUCCAAAACCUGAGUAUGGAGAGCCACACUAGCCCCCAAAAUAUAGGGGCAAAACCUACAGAUAACCCAGUAACUAAGGAAAUCCAGAUAAAUAUGGAAGAGAUAAGAAGAUUGGCCACUAAGGAGGAUAUUAUGUCAAUAAAAGACUGUAUAGUUGCUGAACUCUCAGUACUGAAAAAAGAUUUGAAAGAGGUGGGCCAAAGGGUUAAUGUAUUAGAAGAACAACAGGAGGAAAUGGAUAAAAGCCUCUCCCAAGCUAAUUAAACUAUACUAGCUCAAACAUACAUUAUAAGGGAAAUACAAAAAAAAAUUAGCAGAUCUGAAAGACAGGUCCAGAAGGGGGAAUUUAAGAAUAAAAGGCAUCCCUGAAGAGAUUAAAAUAGAAGAGCUAAAACCCUUUACACAAAAAUUUACAGGAUAGAGAAAUAAAUAUAGUCAGAAUACACAGAACAGGAAGUCAGGGGUUAACAGGGAGACCAAGAGAUGUGAUAUUAAAACUACAAGAAUUCGAUUUAAAAGAACAAAUAUUAAGAAUAGCCAAAAAAGAACAUACCCUUAAAUAUCAACAUUGGGACCUGCAGAUCUUUGCAGACUUAAGUUUGACAACAAUGAAAAAAAGGAGAGACCUUAGAUUCUUAACUAGAUCUCUGCAAGAAAAAGGGAUCAGGUAUAAGUGGACAUACCCCUUUGGCCUAAUAAUUUCUUACAAUGGGAAUACCCUAUACUAUAAAAGGAAAGAAGAUAUUUGUCAAAUUCUAAACUACAACUGCAGUUAGAAAUUCCUGAGGACUUUGAGAGAGACGAACAAGCAGAGAUAGGACAAAGGCCUUAUGAGAGUGGAAAGCAUCAAAGGAACUACUGGGAGGAAGUUUGGAAGAAAAAGGACUAUCCAAGACAAAAUACCUAAGCAGCAACCCCCACAUAAAACAGAGGAAUAUUGAGGAAGAAGAGAAGCAGAAAAGAUAGUCGAAUGCCAUUGCAUUUCAUUUCAGGUUAAAGCUCCUUAAAGGGCUUUAGAAAGGGAUUUUAAAAAUUGCUUUAUAUCUAUUCAUAUAAAAAAAAACCCACCACUUUAAGAAGAUGCCCUAGCUCCUGGGCUUUUCCUAGCUGCUGGUCACUUCCUUAAUUAUUGCACGCAUAGGGGAUAUACAACCCUAUUUUAUAUCCUUUUUUUUUUCGUUCUUACUCCCCUCACUGCCAUGGGGCACUUCGAAUAUUUUUAUUAUGAAGGCAAUGCCCUUCUCAUAUACAUCACUAUUAUCACUAUAAUAAUAAUUUAUUUAUUUUUUUCUCUUCACAAUAGAAGAUGUCCAAUGACUGGAAACUUCCUUUCUCAUUGCACUUUAAGUGUUAUUUUUUCUUUUUUUUUUUUUUUACGACCUACAAAGAGCACUUUGAAUAUUUUUUCUGUCACAGACUCUUUUCCUUCUUUUUGCACGGUCACUGUGUGUUAUAUUGAUAUUUUUUUUUUCCUCCUUCUCUAUAAGAGAAGUGGAAAUAAUUCCAACAGGGAGGAAAUACUACCCCCUGGGUUCUACCUUUUUGUGUUUUUGUUUUUUCGAUAUGUUUGGAUGCAGAAUGUUUAUGUUAGAUGUUACUAGAAACACCUAUGGAAUAAAAUUGCCAAGUUUUCAGUUAUGGUUGGGUAAUAGGUCAUAUUUAUGGUUGCUCUUCGAGGGAGUUAUAAACUCUAAUGACUGAUAUUCAUUUUAUUUCUAUAAAUUCCAAAGGGCUAAAUACUCCCGAGAAGAGAUCCAUGGCACUGAGGGAGAUGGAGAAAUUAAAAGGGGACAUAUUAUUAUUUCAAGAAACUCAUUUUAGAAGAAAUAAAGAACCUAGGUUUAUUAAUGAGAAAUAUAAAAUAUGUUAUUCGGCUUCGGAUAGAGCCAGGAAGAAUGGGGUUUGUAUACUGGUUCACAAAAUACUGAACUUUCAGUUAAGGGACCAACUAAAAGAUAAAGAGGGGAGAUACAUAGAAUAAAAGGUAUUCUCCAGGGGGAACCCGUGACGAUAUUUAAUGUGUAUGGCCCAAAUACAAAGCAGAACGUUUUCUUUAAGAAAUUAACCAACCUUAUUUUGGAUUUUCAAGAGGGGGUUACUAUACUGGGGGGAGAUUUUAAUGUGACAUAAGAACCAAAUUUAGAUAAUUUAAAAAAAAAAAAUCUUCCACAUCUAAAUAUAUUGUAAAUCAAGUUAAUAAUAGUUUAGGCCAGAUUGCUUUGCAGGAUGGAGAUUGUUCCACCCGGAUCAAAAAGAUUAUACUUUUUUUUCACACCCACACUUGUCUUAUUCAAGACUUGAUUACUUUUGUUUAGAUUUAAAAGGACUAACAAGGCUACAGUAAAUCCAGAUCCUUCCAAUGACAUGGUCAGAUCACGCCCCGGUAAGAUUGAAAUUAAAUUGGGGUAUACAGGAGGGAAAACAGUUUAAUUGGAGACUAGAUGAUUCUAUAUUAAGGAAACCAGAGGAUAGGGACAAGAAAGCAGGAUUAAUAGUAGAAUUUUUUUAAUAUCAAUAAUACAGAGGACAUUUCAACAACAGUCCUCUGGGACGCACAUAAAUGCGUCUUGAGGGGCAAGUUAAUCAAAUUAAGGGCUGUAAAAAAUAGGCUAAGAGAAAAAAAGUUCCUGGAGACAAUGAAUAGGAUCCAUAUUUUGGAGAAGAGACAUAAGCCAAAUCCAGAUAAUAAAAAUAUCCUAGAAGAACUAGGGAAAGAAAGGAGGACUUUUCAGGAAUACUGGUCUAGUAUAAAUAAAAGGAAAGCAAUAUGGUUAAAACGUAAAUAUUAUACGGAAGGGGAUAAAAAUGGAAGGCUCCUGGCUAGAGCCAUUAAGAAAAAAGAAAUAAGUAAUGGUAUUUACAAAUUAAAGAAUGAGAAUAAAAUACUUUGCAAGAACCAAAAGGAGAUUAGUACACAAUUUGAAUUUUUUUAUAAAUCCCUAUACAAUAUAGAUUCUCAAGGUAGGGAAGAAACAGAUUGGAGAACCUACACAAGCAAGCUCAGAUUAAAUAAAGUAACAGAACUUGAAAAUCAAAAGUUAGACGAGCCAAUAAGUCUCCAGGAAAUCCAUGUGACCAAUGAGAGCCUAACAGAAGGAAAAGCCCCAGGCCCGGAAGGGUAUACGGCUCUAUACUAUAAAAACUAUAAAGACAAAUUAUACACCUCAAUAGAUGAAGGGAAGAAGUUCUCUAUAGAAAUGCAGGAGGCUAGCAUAAUUGUGAUCCCCAAGGCAGGUAAGAGUAAGGAGGAAGUAAAAAAACUACAGACCUAUAUCACUUUUAAAUCUGGAUUUAAAAAUAUAUGCAAAGAUUAUGGCUAAUCGAUUAAAGAAUAUUCUGAAAUAAAUUAUACAUUUGGAUCAAGUGGGCUUCAUCCAGAAUAGAGAAGCUAGAGAUAAUAUUAUUAAGAACAUACAUUUAUUAGAAUUUGCCCAAUUGAAAAAGACCCCAUCAGUGUUCAUUUCUGUGGAUGCCGAAAAAGCAUUCGACCGAGUUAAGUGGUCAUUUCUGGAAAGCACAUUAAGGUUAUUUCAUUUCAAUCAGAUAACGAUUAAGAGAAUAAUGGCAUUAUACUCAAAUCCAACAGCAAGGAUAAAAAUAAAUGGGAAAACUUCUAAUAGAUUUGAGAUUCACAAUGAGACGAGGCAAAGCUGCCCAAUAUCACCAACAUUAUUUACUUUAACUAUAGAAGUUUUAGCAGCCCGUAUUAGACAAAAUAAAUAUAUAAGGGGGAUUAAUUUAGGAGAUAAUGAGUAUAAAGUUUCUUUAUUUGCAGAUGAUAUCCUCCUGUCUCUAUCCGAGCCUGCGGCAUCAAUUGCAGCAUUGUUGAAAGAAUUUAAGGUAUUUGGGACAAUGUCUAAUUUCUUAGUAAAUAUGAAUAAGUCUGAAAUAAUGCAUGUGGAGAUGAUAAGAUACAAGAAUGCAUAACUAGGAUUUCACCUUUUAAAAGGAUGGAAUCACUGAAAUAUUUUGGAAUAUUUUUGACCAAAUCAGUGAGCAAAAUGUAUGACCUCAACUAUAUAAGCUUUAAAAAAACUAUAACAAAUUACCUAUUAUCUUGGUACCCUAAAAGGAUUUCAUGGUUGGGGAGGAUAAAUAUUAUCCAGAUGAAUGUUUUACCAAGAUUCCUGUAUUUAUUGCAGGCUUUGCCUAUCCCUCUCCCAACUAAAUAUAUGGAAGAAGUUCAAAGAAUGAUUAAUAACUAUGUUUGGGGUAAAAUUCACCCAAGAAUAGGUACAGUGACUAUGUUCAGGAAAAGACAAGUGAGAGGAUUGGGCCUUCCCAAUCUGGUUAAAUAUAGACAGGCAUCCAUGAUGCAAAGGGUAAUAGAGUGGCAUACUAAAAAGGAUGCGAAAAUUUGGGUGAAAAUAGAAGACCUUUUAUAUAGGAAAGAGAUAAGUAAUCAAUGUUGGUUAAAACCAAGGGAUAGAUCCAUAUGGAUAGAGAAUUAUAGUAUCCUGAAAGAAAAUUUUAAGAUAUGGGAUAAGCUGAUUCGGAAAAAAGAGGAGAUUUCAUCAAUCCCAUCCCCACUAUUAGCCUUAGUGGAGAAUAAAGCAUUUCUAGCGGGACAUUUUAAAGGGGAUGAAAAAGAUAAUAAUUACCGAAUAAUAGACCUAAUAGAAGAGGGGAAAUUAAAGACUCAGAAAGAUCUACAGGCAAAGGGAUAUCUUGAAGUUAUUGACUGGUUUACGUACUCACAAGUAUGUCACUAUGUCUUAACUAUUAAGGAAAAGGAUAAGAUAUUCAGACCAUUAACAAAAAUAGAGAACUUAUGAAACUCUAGGGUGAAUAUAAAACAUAUCCUCUCUAAGGCAUACGGUAUCCUACAGGAUAGUACAGAUUCCCUCCCUCCUUAUAUUAAGAAUUGGCAAACGGAAUUAAAACUGGAUAUAGACCCCAAGAUUUGGAUAAAUAUAUUCCAUUGUACAGAUAAAUCUUCCAUAUCAGCUAGAAUGCUAGAACAAAAUUUAAAGAUUUUAACAAGAUGGUAUCUUACACCUUCCAGAAUUAAAAAAAUCUACCCCCAUACCCAAGAUAGCUGUUGGAGAAUCUGUGGAGAUAGAGGUUCGCUAUCUCAUAUUAUGUGGUUCUGUCCAAGAAUUAAACCUUUUUGGGGCAACAUAUUACAAGUAAUAGAUAGCAAGGAAGAUAGGAAGAAAUUGAAUAAUUUCCUCACAGCAAUAUUAAACAAUUUGGAUUUUAAAGGUAAUAAACCCAGAAGAUACCUAUACCAAAUAAAAUUAAUUUUAAUAAAUGGAAAACAGUAGAAACCCCUACAAAAGAAGAGUGGAUCAAAAAAGUUAAUGAAAAUUUGUUAAACGAAGAAUAUUUUUAUUUGUAUAACAAUAAUUAUGAAACUCCCAAGGAAGCAAAGGUUAUUUUGGAAAAGUUAACAAGGGAUUCUCCAUCUCUCUCGGUGUAAAGGGCAAAUGGCUGAGAAUAGAGUUAGUAUGAUUUCCUCUUUUUUUUGUUUAGUCAAAGACCUAUGAGGGGACCGAUUACCCAUAGUUUUUAAGGUGAUUCAUAUCAUUUAUGUACCUUUGUGUAAUUGACUUUGUAUGUCUUUAAAAAAAAAUAAAAAAUCCCUCGCCAGCUUUUAGGUGGCGAGCACUAUAAUAAACAAUAGGGUCUAUAAGAUAUACGCCUACAAGGGAUAUAAAAGAAGGACAAUACAAUUGAAUCUUUACUUACUGUUGAUCCUGCUAGCCAUGGAGACACUUCUUCAGCUAUAUAUUCUUCGUCUGAUGCAAAUCAGGGGGAGAAGGCAAAUUCGGGAACCUGAUGCCAUAGAAAAUGUUGUUAGAAGAAGGAGAUUGCCGGUACAGCAUGUAUUCCUUCCUCUGGUUCCUUUAGAUGGCCUUUCCAAUAGAGAGGCUAUUCAAAUGUUCCGUCUGAAUUGACAUUCAAUAUUGACUUUAUAUGCUCCAAUUGCACAGUUCCUAAAGCCAGUGAUGGCACCUUCAAUGGCCAUUCCCAGGCUCCUCAAGUUUCUUGCUGCCUUGCACUUUUUUGCCACCGGAUUGUUUCAGGCAGUGUCCAGCAUUAUCAUUGGUUUCAGUCAAUCUGCCUUUUCGCGUCAUCUAACAAAAGUUAUCGAUGCACUCAUACAAAUAUAGAAUUUUUUUUCUUUUGCCAAUUUUGCUUUGGCGAUUUUUUUAAUGUCGUCGUACCUUUUCUUUAUCUGGUCAACGUCCUUUUUUUCCGGGGCCCUGAGCACUGACAGCAUCACCGAUACGAGUCCAAAUACUCUUUUUGCACUGGAAGUUUGCUUCGCACAACAACCAAAUAAAUAGUCAUAAGAGUCCUGUACCAUAUCAACAAGAACCAGGUUAUGCUGGCAUGAGAAGUGUGGAUUCUUGGAUUUGGUUGUCUGCGAAUCAGAUCCUGAAGUUGCCAUACUUAAUUUAUUAAAAAUAAAUAUAUAAGCUUGAAACGCUUCAGGUUCAGUAAUUUUUAUGUCUGAAAAAAUAGAUAAAGUGGACUUUAUAUAGUGCUGAAAUAACUUCCCACUGCAAAUGUGAUGUUUCUGACACCUUACAGUUAUUUGGGACAGACAUGACUGACAAGUUGUAAGAAAAUAAUAGUACAUUUGCUACUAGCGAGGCAUCAGAUGUGUGAAUCAUUUGCCUGCGCUGGAUGCGGAUUAGACGCAACAAUUUUUACGCUGUUUUUUAGUACAUAUGGCAAGCGGGCAGCAUCUUGCUACCUGCAAGUUCUAGCUAGUUGACCAGACACGCUGUCGGCGAGCAAAUUGACACUUUAGUUCAUGGAGCCCUAGAUGUCCAAAUAGUUGGGAUACACAAAAAACUCAAAAUGUUAAGCAUUUGUGAAUUUAUCAGGUUAUUUUUCCUUGUGGAAGCUAUACCAUACACUUUAUUUCUUAAGGUGGUGAGAUUCCACAAGCCAUUACUUCAACUCCUGGCCACUAGGAGUGAGCAAAGAUUCCAAAAAGUUCAAGAGUACUUAAUACCUCCUACCUUUCUGGUAUGUUAGUCUUAUCUUUGCCUCCCAGAAGGAAGAUGAAGGAUUGAAGUCCUUCAGAUUCUUGAUUGAGAGGGGUCAUCAGACCAAUAAGAGUUCCAUUUUCCCUUCAGCGAACUGCUACUGAAACACAGAGGGGAGAUUAAAGUAUUGGUUAGUGACUGAUUUACUCCAAGUUAAGAAGUUGGUCAUAAGGUUGCCACAGGUGUCACAGAGACCGGUCUCUUAGCCUACUCCGGUUGGCUCAUCGAUAUACUCUUUAUAUAGAUCCUCUGUUGUUAAAUACACAGCACUGGAUAUGCUCUCUACGGGGCAUAGUUGUUCUGCAGUUGUUAAGCAUAGUGGAGUGAGUGUAUCUUGAGGUGAGGACAUUUUUAUGUAAUCAGAAAGCUUGCAUGGUAUUAGCAGGUACAUUUCGUAUAGUACAUCAUAGCCAGGGGACAAUUUAAAAUACAGACACAACCACAAAUUUGUAUAGACUUAAUACAUUUUAGACAAGCAAUAAUGUAUAGAAUUCAUUUAAAGGCAUUAGAGAGUCUAUCAGAGCAUUUUUAUUAAAUCUGACAACCAAAUUUUACUUAACGGGAAAUUAUGUAAUUUUUUUUAAAGAAGAUCUUUUAAUGCAUUUUUGCUAUUUAUUUAAAGUAAAUUUUUGUUUCCAUUAGUGCUACUAUAAUUUUUCUUUCAUUUUCCUAAUACAAGUAUGCUCCUUCAGCCCACCCCAUUUUCUUUCACAUUACCACUUAUCAACCGCGCUAUUGACCUACAUGGCCAUUUCAGGUUAGAGAGGUUAAGGCUUCUUUAUUAUUUUAUAGCAUUAGGCUUUAUUUGGCAAUGUGCUACAUAACUUUCUUCUUGCUGCACUUAAAUAAUGCCUGCCUUUUUUUCUCAAUGCGUAUUUUAUGUAGCAAUGAUGUGGAAGGGGCUUUCCUUUUUCUUUUUCCUAGAACCAGGACAUCUUUUUGUUUUGUUUUUCACUGAGUGCGUCUCUAUUCUGUGAUCACAUUUUGUCCCAUUAGAUUCACAAAUUUUCUGUUUAAAUCCCUGAAUCUUUAUUCUGUAAUUAUGUAAUCAAAUACAUUAUGUUAUUCAAUACUUUUUUUUGUGGUUUAUCAAUGUAUAUCUGUAAAUUCUUCCAUGUUGGAGCAUCCUUGAACUUUCCCCAAUAUUUUUAUAUUUAUCCUUUAGUAGGUAGAUCCACUUAUGUAUAUUUUGCAUGAUUAUCUAUGUUGCUUUUAGCAAUCCUUAUAUGGAUAGUUUUAGUCAUAAUAACUCUUCUCCUGAAAGUUUUUCAAUCACAUUGCAGUUUAAUGGGGUCUACCAGAGGUAGACCUGAUGGAUUCUCGUUUGAACAACAAACUUCGCAGAUAUUUUGCAAGAUUCAGGGAUCCAUAGACAGGAGUUUGUAGAUACUCUAGCAGCUCCUUGGUAUUUUUAUCUUAUUUAAAUAUUUCUGCUGCCAAGAGUGGUAGCUCAGAUAAACAAUAGCACUCAUUAGUAAGUUUGAGUCUUCCUGCUUGACAAUGCAGAACUUGGUUUGCAGAUUUGGUACAGUGUACUCCGUGGUCUUUCCACUAAGACACAACCUACUGUCUUAAGUCCCCUUUUAUCAUCAAGAUCUUAAGUCUCUCAACUUGAAGGUUUAAAUGCCUAAUGUUAACACAAACAGGGGUUUCUAAUGUUGUAGUUGACACUAUAAUUAAGGCCCCUAAGCCUGUUACAAGAAUAAUCUAUCACAAGAUGUGGAAAGUUUUUCUUUCCUGGCAUGAAUAUCAAGGUUUCAUUUGUCAUUCCUUCAGAAUUCCAAUACAUUUUCCAUUUUAUGAGGGCUUAUAUAAGGGUUUAUCUGCUAGUUCUUUAAAAGUAAAAUUUCAGCGAUUUCCAUUUUCUUCCUCAAGAAAAUUGCUAAACUUCCUGACAUUCUGAGUUCAAGUUUAGUCCAUUGAUUAUCCAAUUUCUCCUCCUUAAGGAACCUUAAUUUGGUUCUAGGAGUUUUGCAAGCAUCUUCCUUUGAGCAUUUUCUUUAUUUGGACAUUCAAUUUCUGUCUUGAGGUAUCUCUGAAUUGUCUGCUCUUUCUUGCAAGCUUUCUUAUCUUAUCUUUUUUUUUCCACCAGGAUAAGGUGAUUUUAAGGACUAUAUUUGACUUUUUCCAAAGGUGGUUUCUUCUGAAAACAUCAUUCAGGAGACUGAAGUUCCUUCCCUUUGUCCAAAUCCACAAAAUUCUAAAGGACGACUUCUACAUAAUUUUGAUGUAGUAAAAUCAUUAUUAUUCUACUUACAAAUUACAAAUUAUUCUAGACAAUCCUCUAAUUUGUUUAUUCUUUUCUCGAGAUCACGCAAAGGCAAGAAGGCGCAGACACUACUUCAGCUUGGCUAAAACUUUUGAUUCAGAAGGCUUACAUGGAGGUGGGCAAGUCUUCCCCAAAAUGUAUUGCAGCCUAUUAGACUAGAUCAGUUUGUACUUUCUGGGCUUUCAAGAAUGAGGCUUCUAUUGAACAAAUUUGCAGGGCAGCAACAUGGUCAUCCUUGCAUACCUUUACUAAAUUCUACUACUUUGAUGUUUUUUACUUCUUCUGAAGCGGGUUUUCGUUCGAAAGUCCUCCAUGCAGCAAUGCCUGGAAAUAAGGUGCUUGCUCGCCCAAAUUAUGCGGGUAAUCAGGAGUUGAAACCCAGGAGUAAUGGCUCAUGGACUCUUACCACCAUUAAAUAAAUUAAUCUAUCAGAGCUUUGUAAUAUUUAACACUUAAUAAAUAAUCAAUAUUAAUAAUAA